AUGAAUCCUGGUGAAAGACACCAAGAAAAUUUUGACAAAAAGACACUUAGCCAGUUCGAGAUUGAAGAACGAGUCCAGGGCUUGUUACCCAAAGAACUAGUAAACGACUACAAGAAGAACCGGCGUGUACCACAUAUACCUGAAGAACAGAGACUCAAGAACACUCCUGCACGAGAACAAAAGUGGUCCGAACUUGCAAAAAAACUUGCCGCAACAUUAACAGGAAAAAAUAAAGAACUAGAAGAGAUGGCCCCACAAACUGCCACUGUAACCGCUGAAGCAAUCGCAGCCGCUGUUGCAGAAGCAAUGAAAGCAAUCACAGCACAACAGGAGUCCCGUGCCAAACGAAUCAAGCAGCCUGAUUGUUUCCGAGGUGAACGCUCCGCCGCAGUAGUAGAUGGCUGGCUGCGCGCAGUCGAGCGUUACACCAAGUACUACAAUUUCGCCCCGACCAAAGCCUGCGACUUUGCA